GUCAUAUUGGUCAUGUUGCUCCGACACCAAACAUGGCGCGCCGCCGCGUUGUCGACGCGAUGCGUGAGCUCUGUGGUGGGUUUGGGCACUCCUGCGAUGCAAACGAGUCAACCUAAGGGAAGUGUCGUCGUCAUAACAUCUGGCAAGGGAGGUGUUGGCAAGACGACGUGUGCGGCCAGUAUCGGCUUCGGUCUUGCGCAGUUGGGAUAUCGCACGUGCCUCAUUGACUUUGACAUUGGCCUGCGCAACUUGGACAUUCAUUUGGGGUGCGAACGCCGUGUGAUCUUUGACUUUAUCAACGUCAUCGACGGCAACUGCCGCCUCAACCAGGCGCUCAUCAAGGACAAGCGAUUGGACAAGCUGUCACUGCUCGCUGCAAGUCAAACUCGCGACAAGACUGCGUUGACUGAGGAUGGUGUGGCCAAGGUUCUCGACGAGCUCAAGACUCAGUUCGACUACAUUGUGUGCGACUCCCCCGCCGGGAUCGAGUCUGGAGCCCACCACGCCAUGUUCUUUGCCGACGAGGCAAUUAUCGUAACCAACCCGGAGCUUUCAUCAUGUCGUGAUUCGGACAAGAUGAUCGGGUUCAUUGCGAGCAAGUCGUUGCGAGCCCAACAAGGCCGAUCGCCCGUCAUACAGCGCUUGCUCAUCAACCGCUACGAUGCGGCACGAGCCGCCAAUGACGACAGCCUCUCUGUCGAAGACAUUCAAGAAAUGCUAGCGCUACCCCUUGUUGGAGUCAUCCCAGAGAGCGUCCAAGUGCUUAAUGCGUCCAACAUGGGCCAGCCCGUGAUCGCGUCCAAAGACGACAAGGCCGCUAUCGCAUUUGAAGACACCGUCGCCCGGUUCCUCGGCGACGACCGGCCGAUGAAGUUUCUCGUGCCGGACAAACCGACGUCGCUCUUUGGCCGGUUGUUCGCAUAGGUAUAAAUAUCUGAAUGACGAGACCAUGGCGCAGUUGCAUCCAUCCAGAUCUGCCACA